AUGACUGUUGUGGCUCCUUUGGAGAUUCUGAUCUUCUCCGAGCUUGUGAACAAGGCAAGGGUUAUUGAGGAGUGUGCAAAGAUGGUAGCCUCGUCAAGGGAUACUCGUGGAGGAAAUACUAACCGUGGAUGUGGCAAGUACUUUCAGUCGAGGGGUCAGAACUUCAAGAGGGGAGGACAUGCCCCUCAAGGUCAAGGCAAUGUUAGGAGACCCACUUUUGAUCAGUACCACCAGGCGAGAGGGAGAAGUAAUCAGAGUAAGACUUUCCCGAAUUUAACUUGUGAUUGUUGUGGGCGUUUUCAUCCGAAUGACUCUUGCAAGAUUGGUAUAGGUGGUUGCUUCAACUGUGGAUUGCCUGGACACAUUGCGAGAGAUUGCACUCGUGGGAGGAAGACUCAGAAUGUGGGCCAGAACCAACAAGGUCGGGUGUUUGCUGUGAAUGCCAAUGAUGCUGCUAACGUGGAUCCGUUGAUGAGAGGUAUAUGCUUAAUUGGUGAUAAAACAUCAGUUGCAUUGUAUGAUACUGGAGCUUUGCUUUCGUUUAUUGCAUUUAACAAAGUUGAAAAACUAGGAUUGAAAGUGUCAGAAUUAGCAUUUGAUUUGCAUGUACAUACUCCGCAUCAAAAGGUUGUGGCUAGGAUGAAGGGAAGAAGUUUCAGCAAUUUUGAGGAGAUAAGCCUCAAUGUAGUCCCUGAAGUUGCACUCAAGCCUGAUAGUAGUCCCUGA